AUGGUUUCCCAAAAGAAACGACUCUACGUCGCGCUGUAUCCUAGUGGAGUUACCAACAAUGCAGAACGCGAAUACCACUGGGCCUUCCUGGUCGGACCCAAAGCCGAGGAUGCCGACGAGGUGCCCGGAAAGCGCUACCACGUCAAGAAUAAUCCGUUUAAGUUAUGGGAAUACGAAGAAGUUGUACUGCGUAAAGUAAAAAACACCGUCAGCUUGCUUGCACACCUCCUUAUUGGGAAGAUAGAGGACGAAAAUUGGCUGGUCAAGAUCCUCCGGGAAGUCCCUAUUAUCCAGAACGACGAAAGCUGGAGGUGCCGUACUUGGGUUAAAAAUGCUCUUGCUGCGAUAGAGAGUGAUGGAAAGGCAGUUGGGACAUCCAUACUUGACUGGGAGAAGAUUGAAGCAAAAGCGAGGAGUUAUGUUGCGGACAAGACCGCUGGAGGCCGAUAUGACACUCUCGACAAGCUCGAGCAUCCCAAGCCUACAUGGGAUAUGCUGGAAAACAAGGAGAAGCUACCAUAG